AUGCUUAUAGCGUAUGCAUCUUCGUGUCACCAAGAGUUCAGCAGUGACGGUGCAAAACACGGGACGCUUACAUCGCCUCACUACCCACUGGCGUACCCACCAAAUACUCACUGUCACUACGAGUUUUUCGGAAGGGGGAAGGAGAGAGUCAGAUUGCUUUUCCAUGACUUCUACUUACAUAAGCCAGCGGACGGAACACUAGAUUGCACAAAUGUGGAUUUAUUGCAAGCAUUCGUCAACGUAGACGGCAGACUAGAGAAGGUUGACACAUUCUGCGGGACUGACCUUCCAAAACCUGUUAUGUCCAAUGGUCCCAAAUUAAUGCUGGAAUUUCGUGGGAUUCAUUCAUCGAGACACUCGAGGGGAUUCAAAAUAUCGUAUUCAUUUGUUGAAAAUUUUGGUAUUACUACGGGGAGACAGCUGAAGGAGUUCCCAUGCGCUUUCGUUUACAAUAGCUCCGAAAGUCGGAACGGUUCUUUCGCUUCCCCCAACUGGCCGGGACCCUAUCCACGUGACACAGAGUGCACGUAUUUCUUUCACGGAAGUCAGACUGAGAAAGUGCAUUUACACUUUACGAACUUCGGGGUCGAAGGAGUUUUACCAUGUGAAGCCAUAUCGGGAAGUGACUACGUAGAGUUUUCCAACUACAUGACCGAGGAUAGCAGGUUCGGCCGAUACUGCGGCCAGAUGAAGGAGUUUCACGUGGAGUCCGAUAGGAAUUUCUUCAAAGUGACGUUUCGAUCCAACGAUCGAUUAGACGGAAUGGGUUUCAAAGCGAUGUAUCAAUUUUUAGAAGUCACCGACGAGUACCGAGCUCCGCUGCAAGAUCGAGCUUCAUUUUCUGCGAGUAUCCUGAGAGGCCUGAUACUUGUGGCCGCCAUCGCAACACAACUACAUGGGUUAUAUCAUUAA